AUGGCCGGGCAGGUGCACAAGAUCACCGCAGUGGUGCUGCUGCCUCUGCUCAUCCUCCUACCGCUGACGAUGCUCUCUUCCAUGGCAUCAGCCAUGCGCCACUCGCCGGCAGUGCUGACCGGUGAGGGCUUUGCGGUGUUGAGGAAGGUUCCCACUGGACCAAGCAACGAGACCAGCGAUCCGCCGCCGCCACCGUCUCAAGUGGCUGAGAGCCCUAUCGUCGACUUCCCGGUGCUAAGGAAGGUCCCAACUGGACCAAGCAAUGAGACCAGCGAUCCGCCGCCGCCACCGUCUCAAGUGGCCGAGAGCCCCAUCGUCGACUUCCCAGUGCUGAGGAAGGUCCCAACUGGACCAAGCAACGAGACCAGCGAUCCGCCGCCGCCACCAUCUCAAGUGGCUGAGAGCCCUGUCGUCGACUUCCCGGUGCUGAGAAAGGUUCCCACUGGACCAAGCAACAUAACAAGCGAUCCACCGCCGCCGCCGUCAGUUGCCAAGAACGCUUGA